GUCGAGUGCAUUAGCCUUGCUGCGCAUCGUCUGUGUGCGAAGAAAACAAAACACUUGACACCUCCAACUCCAACUCCAACCAACCAUGUCUAGAUCUGUGGAGUCUCUCGUAGUCGGCCGGGUGAUCGGAGAAGUUCUCGACUGCUUCAGCCCAUGUGUGAAGAUGGUAGUGACCUACAACUCAAACAGGCUCGUCUUCAAUGGCCACGAGAUCUACCCGUCAGCAGUCGUGUCUAAACCAAGAGUAGAGGUUCAAGGGGGUGACUUGCGGUCGUUCUUCACAUUGGUUAUGACAGACCCAGACGUCCCAGGACCAAGCGAUCCAUAUCUAAGGGAGCACCUUCACUGGAUCGUGACUGAUAUACCUGGGACAACUGAUGCCUCAUUCGGGAGAGAAGUCGUAAGCUAUGAGAGCCCGAGACCUGGCAUUGGUAUCCACAGGUUCAUCUUUGUUCUCUUCAAGCAGAAGCGCAGGCAGCAGCAGACUGUAGCGGCGGUGCCAUCCUCCAGCAGGGACCAUUUCAUCACGCGUCAGUUCGCUGCGGAAAACGAUCUUGGCCACCCUGUAGCCGCUGUGUACUUCAACGCCCAGAGAGAAACUGCUGCUAGGAGGCGCUGAAAAUUCCGGCUCUCACUGUGUCCAAGCUAUAUAUGGGCCUCUGACG